AGCGUCUUAUUUUGAAGGGCGGAGCAACUCCUGAGUCUUCUGUCCCCAAACAGAAACCUGACAGACCAAACACCGGUGCGGGGGAAAUCGGUGUUCUCUGGCCUCAGAGAAAGUUUCUCGUGUGGUUCUUCGCCAAAUUGAGGACUUCAGGGAAACGGUUCAAUCCAGCUGGAAGAUGUUUGCCGUAGCUGCCAGAAACUUUGUGGAGGAGGUGGAUCAUGGAGGUUUACUGAUCCCGGUGUCCAGCCUGAACGACUCGAUUGCUCCUCUGACGGUGGUGGUGAAGCGCACGCGAUUCUGGUUCUGGCAGAAGCACAAAUAUCUCCCCACUGAUUUUAACCUCAGUGAUCUACUAACAGGAGACACACCUAUAAAGCCAGUUGUGGUCGACACAGACUUCAUCAAAUACACUGGGACAUUCGGUGACAACAUUCAAGGAGGCCUGGAUGCAAGUUUCGUCCGUACCAGCGUCAACGUAGGGGGUAAAGACUCUUCAAAACUCCAGUUGUCCUUUGGAAGUUUGAAGAAAGAGGAGGUGGAUGUGCAGAAGUUGCUGCGAGACUCCAAAGACAGGCUCCUGGACAUGUCCCACAGUCUGAUCCAGCAGACGAAGGAGAAGCCCCGACAGCUUCUGGGGAUUGUGAAGGAGCGUAUUGUGACCACUCAGCCCUGUUCGGUCAUAGAGGACGUCCAGCAAGGUGGACAGUGUGGAGGAAGUGUCACCAUCUGUGGCCUCAAGAGCUCUAAGCUUUUACUAAAGGAGAAUGGGAGCUUGAGUAAAGACAGUAACAUCACCAUGGAGAUUCCUAUCAACACCACCAUUGCCUAUGGCCUUAUAGAGCUGGAGAUCAAACAUGAUGGACACUACAAGCUGUGUCUCAUGUCAAACACCGAUGGAGGUUUUGAAGUAGACGGGGCAGUUAUGAAAGGAUGCGUGAGUGUCUGCAGAGCUCCUGCACAUUCUUCUGAAAAUAACCACCUUCGACAAGAACUGGAACAACUCAGUGACAAUUUCCAGCUGCUUUCAGCUCUCCCUGCAUCUACCAGGUCGUCUCUGUUUGAGCAAAUCACCAAACUUAUGCAGGACCAAGCAGCCCUCAGUGCACUUCAGAAUGUGCUGGACCACAUGUGCCUGGGUAAGAAACCGAACAUGAGUGAUGUUACAACAGCGGAGUCUCAACAGCAGAGCAUCCAAGUGAUCCUGGAUGUUCUGGAGCAGUGUGAUCAGGUUGGGUCAGGCCAGUCCACAUCUGUCCUCGCAGCCCUUCACCUCAUUACCAGCGCCUUAGAUGAGAUGACAAACGACUGCCUGGCUGCAUUGGGAACGUGCUGCAGCCCUGCAGUGUUACAGACGCUGGAGCUACUGGUGCAGACUGUCUGUGGAGAUGGAGAAGUGCCUCUGAGCAGCGCAGGUCUGACAGAGGACAUCUAUGAAAAGACUGAACAUCUGUUUGCUCUCUCUAACGUGUCCCUGAAGAGAGACGGGGACGUGGUGAAGACGGAAAUAAACCAGCAGCCAGGACAUCUUCCUCUGGUCCUGUGCAUCGCUGUCAGGGGCCUCGCCUCAUUGGCCCACAGCGUUUGAACUGAAGACAACUUCACAUCCAGCAGAAACUUGAAAUGCCACACAGGUACGAGGUAAACGGGACCACACAGAUAAAAUGCUAUCUGUGUUUUUAAUUCUUUUUUUAAGCUGCAGUAUGUCUUGUUUUGGUUUUUUUAAAAGUGGGAUUUUAAUGUUUUUUAGUACAUGUACUGGUGCUGCAAAAAACAACAGAGCAUUUUCAACCUAAUGUCUACUUCUUGUUGAGAUUAUUUGGACUAGGAAAAAAUAUAGCACAACUUCUCAUUCUAAAAAACGUAACAAUCAGGGUCCCUCCUAAAUUCAUUAUUGCUAAAUUGUAUACAUAUAAAUAUCUUAUUUAACAAAAUUUUGUAUGAGUUUUGUCAAUCAGUUUUGAAUUUGGAUAAAAUAAGCAUAUUGAAUGAACUUCUGAUUUUCUAAAUAAAAAAUUUUAAAAAUUGGAUUAUAUGGGCAACAUCAAUAUACAGACUAAUCUGUAUACCUGGUAAUAUUUGGAUUUUUAGUCUAAUAUUGCUGUUAAGCAUUUUUUUGAGGGAAAAAAAAGUCUAAAUUGUCUGAUUUCAGCUGCAUAAAUUUGAAUAUUUUAUUAUCCAUCAUAAGCUUUGGAAAACACUGAUUGACAUUUUUCUACAUUUUCUAGAUCAAAAAACUAAUUAUUUAUUCAAGAAACGGUAAAACAAUAGUUGCAGCCCUACCUGCAAGACAUGCAGGUGCCUUGUGUCUCAGAAAAGCAUCAAAUGUAAUUGUUUUUAAUGAAUUAACAUACCUCGCACUUUGUAACAAACUAAUUUUUUAAUUAAGGGUCUGGUGUAAUGUCUAAGCCAGGGGUGUCAAACUCAUGUUAGUUCAGGGGCCACAUUCAGCCAAAUUUGAGCUCCAGUGAACCGGACCAGUAAAAUCAGAGCAUAAUAACCUAUAAAUAACCACAACUCCAAUUUUUUCCCCUUUGUUUUAGUUCAAAAAAGUAUAUUCUGAAAAUGUUCACAUUUAAUGAAUUAUCUUUUUACAAAACAUUAUGAAAACCCUGAAAUUUCUCAACAAAAACAAGUUCAAUUUCAACAGUAUUAUGCGUGUUUAACAUUUACAUGUGCAUUACAACUGACAGAUCACAGUUUAUCUGCGAAGGAACAAAACAUUUAGUCACAGCUAUCUGGAACUGAACCAUAUAGGAUUUUACUUUAUGAUCAAAACAACCUGUCAAGAUUUAGAAAUUAUUUAUAAUUUACAGUUUUACAAAUUUACAAUUUACAGUUAAUGUCUUCUCUGUAAUUUUUACACUUUGCAAAGACGUCCCGCAGGCCAAAAUGGACCAUCUGUCGGGCCGGUUUUGGCCCACAGGACGCAUGUUUGACACCCCUGGACUAAGUCCUGAAGGCCAACACAACUGUAAAGCUGUAGGAUUUGUUCUACUUUAUUGUUUGGGGCUUUUAUUAACUGGUCAUAUCAGUUUUAUGUUACUAUUAAAUAAAGCUAUCAUCAAUUUUAGAAACUGUAAUGUUGCAUCCCCAAUUGAAGCACUUCACAUCUCUAUAGAGAUGAGCUCUCUGCAGGGUUUAAUGUUCCAACUACAAACCUCAUUCUGAAGUUGAACAAAUUAGUUUAUGAAUAUUUGAAUUUUUGUUGCCAUUGGUUUUAUUGUGCCUCAGUUAGCAAUGUUAAUAUUUGGAAACUCUUUCAACUUAAGUUGUAUUUUUAUUUCUGUGGUGCAAAAUGAAAGAAAUAAUGUACAAAAACCA